AUGAGGACGUCUUCUAAAAAGGAUAAAAAGACCCUAGGAAUUAAAUCUGGAGGAAUUCGUUUUCAACGAGACAGAGGUCAGCACAUACUAAAAAAUCCACUUGUUGUCCAAAGUAUCGUUGAAAAAGCUGGAAUCAAACCCGUUGAUACAGUUCUAGAAAUUGGUCCUGGUACCGGUAAUCUUACCAUGAAAUUGCUGGAGAAAGCCAGAAAAGUUUGUGCCUUUGAGCUUGAUCCUAGAAUGGUUGCUGAACUUCAUAAACGUGUGCAAAACACUCCGUUUAAAAAUAAACUGGAAAUUACAGUAGGUGACGUAAUCAAGGCAAAGGAAUGGCCAAAGUUUGAUCUUUGCGUUGCUAAUUUGCCUUAUCAAAUCUCUUCCCCUUUCAUUGGUCGUCUUAUCACCGUUCAAAAUCACUUUCGUGCUGCUGUAGUCAUGUUACAAAAAGAGUUUGCUGAUCGUCUCUUAGCCCAACCCGGAUCUAAAAUCUACUGCCGUCUUUCUGUCAAUGCCCAAUUUCAUUUCAAAAUCUCCCAGCUUAUCAAGGUCAGUCGGAACAGUUUCAAGCCCCCACCCCGCGUCGAUUCUACUGUGAUCAGGAUCGAGCCCCGUCAUCCUAAACCUCCAGUCUCCUUUGCUGAAUGGGAUAGUCUGCUUCGACUAGUUUUCCAGAGAAAAAAUAAAACCAUCAGUUCCAACCUAAAAAGUGACGCAAUAACGGCCUUCCUUCGCAAAAAUUACUUGACCCUUCUGGAAAAACAGAGUGCCGGCUCUGGCCAGCCAGUCAACCCAAGUCCUCCAGAAAUUACUGAAGAGGGUGAAAUAGGAAUCGCAGCUAUGUCAGUCAAGAUUAGAGAAAUCCUUAAGACAUCCGGUUUCGAAUCCUCCAGAGCCAGGGCAAUGGACGAAGACGAUUUAUUAAGAUUACUUCUCGCCUUUCGAAAGGAAGGUAUUCCUUUCGCUUAA